CAUUUAGCACCACAUCCAGCGAGAAUACCGACAAUCAACCAGUUCCCUGACCACCAUGGCCAUGUACGCCAAAGACCAGCCCGCCGGCUUCACAAACAGCAUCGAAAGAGUUGCCAUUGUCGGCGCUGGGGGUACCAUUGGGUCCCACAUCGCCCAGGCGCUUCUAGACACCGGAAGACACACUGUUACGGCAAUUUCCCGGAAAGACAGCGACAACAAGGUUCCCGACGGUGUCCGAGUCGCCUCGGUCGACUACAACGAUGAGGCCACUACUGUCGCUGCUCUCAGGGGCCAGCAAUUCCUGAUCAUCACCAUGGCCCCCACUGCGCCCCGAGACACCCACAGCAAGCUUGUCCAGGCGGCUGCCAAAGCUGGUAUUCCCUACGUGAUGCCCAACGGAUACGCCGGCGAUAUUGAAGACAUCCAAUUUGGCGAAGAUACAUUGCUGGGGCCUAUCGCCAGAGCCCACAGGGACGAGAUUGAGAGGCUGGGCAUGCAGUGGAUCACAGUGUGUUGUGGGUUCUGGUACGAUUACAGCUUGGCGGGUGGAGAGGCGCGCUUUGGGUUCGACUUCGACGCCCGUUCCCUGACAGUUUAUGGCGAUGGCAACGUCAAGAUCUCGACGUCAACAUUGUCGCAGGUGGGACGCGCCGUGGCCAAACUGCUGAGCCUCAACGAGCUUCCCGAGGACGAUAGGGACAAAAGCCUCACCCUGUCCACGUUUCUUAACAAGGGCGUGUACAUCACGAGCUUUGUAGUCAGCCAAAACGAGAUGUUUAACAGCGUCAAGCAUGUGACCUCUACCACUGACGCAGACUGGACGAUUACUUGUCAGGAUACCAAGAAGCGGUACGAGGAUGGCCUUGCUCAGGUCAAACGGGGGAAUAUGGCGGGUUUUAGCAAGAUGCUGUACGCCAGGGCGUUUUACCCAGGUGGUUCGGGUGACUUCUCGUCCAAGGCGCAGAAUAGGUUGCUCGGGUUACCAGAUGACAGGCUGGAUCAUGCUACCCGGGUGGGAAUCGAUUUGGUCAAGGAGCUGCAGCUUCGUGUUGAUCGCAUGGCGGCUUAGAGCAAAAGGAGAGUGUAUGCUCGAAGGUAUGGAGUUCCAUAUCAUGAUCGAUAAGUCUGGCCAUCAAUCGGGGAGUCAAAAUUGAUGCGUGGCUUUGUUUGCUUGGAGCUUUGGUUCUAUAUUUUGCAAAUAUCGGGAAAUGUCAAGCUGGCUUUGCGAGAGGAACACGUCUUAACAUUGCUAAGAUUGCCAGAGGUACCUGGAAGAGGC